GCCACUGAAUAUUUGGGUUUAUACAAUAAAGAAAAUAUAUCAGGAAUUUUAUGAAUUGGUCCAUGUGGAAAUUGUAGCUAUUUGCUUUAUCUUGUUAAUCUUUCAAAGAAGUAAAUUUAGACUAGGUUUGAUAAUGUAGUUAUGGCAAUAUUAAGUGAGCAGGAAAUACAACCUUACAUGAUUUAAAAAACGUUCUUCAUUAUUUUAAUCUUUAGCUUUACUGAAUAAUUAAUAUUUCUUCAGGAGUAACACUUGCCCACAGUUUUUCCUCUACCUCUUUAAGAAAAGGGUUUUCAUUUACUGUGGAAGUGGUUUUGGUGACUGAAUUAUAACUGAAAAUCUUAAGGCAUUUCUCUUUAGACUGGCAUUCUUCGAACCAACUGUGUGGACUGUUUGGAUCGCACCAACACGGCACAGUUUAUGGUGGGGAAAUGUGCUCUGGCUUACCAGCUGUAUUCUUUGGGGUUGAUUGACAAGCCUAAUCUACAGUUUGAUACAGAUGCAGUUAGGUUAUUUGAGGAACUCUAUGAAGAUCAUGGUGAUACCCUGUCCCUUCAGUAUGGUGGUUCUCAACUUGUUCAUCGAGUAAAGACCUACAGAAAGAUAGCACCGUGGACUCAGCACUCAAAAGACAUCAUGCAGACUCUGUCUAGGUAUUACAGCAAUGCUUUUUCAGAUGCUGAUAGACAAGAUUCCAUUAAUCUCUUCCUGGGAGUUUUUCAUCCUACAGAGGGGAAACCUCAUCUCUGGGAACUCCCAACAGAUUUUUAUUUACAUCACAAAAAUACCAUGAGACUUUUACCAACAAGAAGAAGCUACACUUACUGGUGGACACCAGAGGUGAUAAAGCAUUUACCAUUGCCUUAUGAUGAAGUUAUCUGUGCUGCAAACUUAAAGAAGUUGGUAGUGAAGAAAUUUCACAGAUAUGAAGAAGAGAUUGAUAUCCACAAUGAGUUCUUCCGGCCAUAUGAACUGAGCAGCUUUGAUGAUACCUUUUGCUUGGCUAUGACAAGCUCAGCACGUGACUUUAUGCCCAAGACUGUUGGCAUAGAUCCAAGUCCAUUUACCGUGCGAAAACCAGAUGAAACUGGAAAAUCAGUAUUGGGGAACAAAAGCAAUAGAGAAGAAGCCAUUUUGCAACGGAAAACAGCAGCCAGUGCUCCACCACCCCCUAGCGAGGAGGCUGUGUCCAGCAGCUCUGAAGAUGACUCUGGGACUGACCGUGAAGAUGAGGGCUCUGUCUCUCAGCGAUCCACCCCCGUGAAGAUGACCGACACAGGAGACAGUGCCAAAGUGAAUGAGAAUAUGGUCCAACCUAUGAAAGAAGUGUAUGGAAUUAACCUCUCUGAUGGCCUCUCAGAAGAAGACUUCUCCAUUUAUUCAAGAUUUGUUCAACUGGGACAGAGUCAACAUAAACAAGACAGGGGCAGCCAGCAGCUCUGUUCCAGGCACUCAGAUGGAGUUAUAAAAUUAACGCCUAUUUCGGCUUUCUCCCAAGACAACAUCUACGAAGUUCAGCCCCCAAGAGUAGACAGGAAAUCCACAGAGAUCUUCCAAGCCCACAUCCAGGCCAGCCAAGGUACCAUGCAGCCCCUAGGAAGAGAGGACACUUUUAUGUUCCGAGAGUACAUCAGAAACCGCUACCUGUGAACAGAGAGCACUUGAAGCUUUCCCUCUUCUUCAUGCCGUGCAAAUUAUAAACUACAGGUAGUAAAGAAAUGACUGAAUGUGUUGCUCCUGUUGACUUUGCUUUAUUUUAAAAAUACUUUGUUUAGAAAUGUGAUUAAUGUACUAUGACAGUAUUAUAUUAUGAAAUUGCAGGUAUUUUUUGAACACCCACUGUAUGCCAGGCACUAUGGCAAGAUCGAGGAAUAUCAUAGUAAGCAGAUUGAGCUAAAAAUUCCUCUCCUGGGAGGAACAAAGGCAAAGUAUUUUUCUUUAUAAUUACCAUUUUUUAAAUGUAUUCUGUUUUUCUGCUAACUUUGCAUUUUGCUAAAAAAUUUCAUUACCCUGAAAACCCUGGUUUUCAGAAAAUAAAAGGGACCAGAUAUCAACAAAGUGUUCUCCAGUAGUUCAGGAGGUAGAUGGUGGUGGUGGCAGCAGUGGCGUUUUUACUACAACACCCUGCUGUUCUUGAUUUAAGGCAAGUGCCUUGUCCUCCUAAGAGUUAACCUGAUUUUGAUGUAACAAGAUGAUAUCUGAACUAUCAGUUCUGUCGUUAAUUCAAAUUCACCUUUAGCUGUCUGAGACUACAAACUGAGAGCAAGGAAGCCAUGGCAUUUGAACUCUAGAGAGAGGUUAAUGACCACAAAGUACAUGUGAACAAAGCAAAUGCAGAUGUGAAAGCACUAAAAGUUAACACGUCAUAGAAAAUGGAGUGGCUGUCGUUCUUAUAACUUACAAGUAGCUAUGGACUUGGAGCCAUCACUUCAGUAUCUCUCAGCCUCCAUUUCUAAUCUAGUCUGGAGAGGAGAGUUGUGGAGACAAGUAAAUAAGGUGUAUGUGUAAAGCAUGGGGUGUGGUAUCUAUCACAUAAUAAAUAGCCACUAAAUGUUAGCUUAAAAAGAUCACUUAUGGGCUGGGCGCCGGUGGCUCGUGCCUGAAAUCUUAGCUACUCGGGUGGCAGAGAUCAGGAGGAUCGUGGUCUGAAGCCAGCCCAGGCAAAUAGUUCACGAGACC